AUGGCGUUGGUGAAUCCCUUUCUGUGUCCCACUCGAACUUCCCUCCCUUUGCGCGUUCCCGCGCCGCCAAAGAAGGUCCCACGUUGGACUCUCUGCUCCCCCUCCUUCAAACCAUCGUUAAGAUUGAAGCACGCUACAUGUGGCGCCACUGCAGGCAUCCAAGCUGCACCUUUAGCUGACGGGGAAGCAGAUCGCGCGGUUCUGGUGGGUCCCACCAGCGAGGAGGAGAGAAGAGCUGAGUAUGACUGGACAGAGGAAUGGUACCCUUUGUAUCUCACUCAGAAUGUGCCCGAAGAUGCACCCUUGGGUCUCAAAGUGUAUGAUAAACAACUUGUGUUGUUCAAGGAUGGCAAUGGCCAGUUACGCUGUUACGAAGAUCGCUGCCCCCACAGGUUAGCCAAACUAUCAGAGGGACAGCUGGUUGAUGGAAGGCUUGAGUGUUUGUACCAUGGAUGGCAAUUUGAAGGGGAGGGCAAGUGUGUGAAGAUACCUCAGCUUCCGGCUGAUGCCAAAAUUCCUAGGACGGCUUGUGUUAAAACAUAUGAAGUGAGGGACUCUCAAGGUGUUAUUUGGGUGUGGAUGUCCCUCAAGACACCUCCAAAUGAUAGUAAACUACCUUGGUUUGAGAACUUUGCAAGGCCGGGAUUUCAAGAUAAUUCAACAACUCAUGAACUACCUUAUGAUCACUCUAUUCUUCUGGAGAACCUGAUGGAUCCUGCUCAUGUCCCAAUCUCACAUGACAGAACGGAUUGGACUGCAAAAAGGGAGGAUGCUCAGCCGCUGUGUUUUGAGGUGACUGAACGAACUGAUAGAGGGUUUGCAGGUUGGUGGGGCAAAGAAAAAGAUGGGUCCAAGUCUAACUUCUUGCGAUUUGAGGCUCCCUGUGUUCUACAAAAUAACAAGGAAUUUGUUGAUAAGAAUGGUGAAACACACUACUUCAGUGGCCUCUUCCUUUGUAGACCAACUGGGCAAGGAAAAUCCAUGCUGAUAGUGAGGUUUGGAGGAACAAAAUCAUCUCCAUUAGUGAAAGUGUUUCCCAAGUGGUACUUUCAUCAGAACGCAUGCAAGGUGUUUGAGCAAGACAUGGGAUUCUUAUCAUCUCAGAAUGAAAUUCUCUUGAAAGAGAAGGUUCCAACAAAACAACUAUAUCUGAAUUUGAAAUCAUCAGACACAUGGGUUGCAGAAUACAGGAAGUGGAUGGACAAAGUGGGGCAUGGGAUGCCAUACCAUUUUGGUCACAGCACUAUCUCUUUGCCCAAAGAGCCUGCUGUGAUUGAACAUGCACCAGCUGGACUCGUUGCAGGACAAUCAGCUUCCUCACCUACCAAGGGGGAGACUGGAACAAAGUAUGCCCCAAAUUUAGCCAACAGAUAUUUUAGGCAUGUAAUACAUUGCAAAGGAUGUAGAACCGUAGUCAAAGCUUUCCAAGCUUGGCAAAAUGCCCUUUCAGCUGUGGCAGUUACCUUAGUCGCUUUGGCAAUUCUGGUAUCUGGGAGACAGUGGAAGGCCAUUCUCUUGGCAUCUGCUUCCCUGUGCUCUAUUGGAGUCUAUGCUUGCUCAACCGCCGUUGCAAUUAACACUACAAACUUUGUUAGAACGCAUAGAAGAUUUUGA